AUGGCAAGCAGACUACCCAGGAACGGAUAUAUCCCUGAAUCGAAUAGAAUAUACGGGUACAUCCCGGACACGGGGAAAACAGACGGACAGAAAAUGAGUUCAGGUAGAAUGGAUGGGUAUGGUGGAAUGGGCUCGGAUAGAAUGGACGGACACAAGACGGAAUCUGAUAUGGCUAGUAGAUAUAUCGACAUUGGAAAUAGAGGUUCGGAUAUGAGUGUGGUAUCUUUAGACUCGAAGGGCAAGAGGAAGUCUUUCGGCCGAGUCAUUGAACGGUUCGCAGAGAAGACAUCGAUGCAAGGUGUGCCUUAUAUAAACUCUGCCAAGACUCGUGCGGCCAAAAUAAUUUGGACAAUACUGUUGAUUGGCGCGAUAGGAAUGAUGGUUUUACAUCUUUACUAUCUCGCAAAUCAGUUCUUUGUCUGGCCAAAAACUACAGUGAUUGAACUGGGAUUCAGUAAUCUACAGUUGCCCGCAAUUACCAUUUGUAACGUAAAUGUCGUUCGACAUUCAAAACUCAUGCAGCAUGACGACAGUUCACUGGAUAACUUACGAGCGUUAGCAGCUGCUGUCGACCCUACAAAACUUGAUCCAUCAAAAACUACAGGGUAUAUAGGCACCCCGGUAACUGGAACCGGAACAUCUACAGGAACCGGAACCGGAACUAAUCCCAAUAUUCCCGGACAGACUGGUAAACGACGGAAGCGUGCCGUGGAGACCUACGAAGAUCUCGACCUUGCGGACUUCGGGAAAGACAACACGAUCGCAAAGGACACUUCCGUUGGUCCCCGUGACACUAUAUCGGACAUAGAGAAUACCUUCACGGAGCUUUACAUGGAUACUGAUAGGGACACACGUGUGAGCAUCGGUCACACAAUAGAUGACAUGCUGGUGUCUUGUGCUUUUAACGGCCAGACGUGCUAUCCAGAAAACUUCACAUUGUUUCAAACACCAUCCUAUGGAAAUUGUUAUACUAUCGAGUCCCCUAAGUUUAUUUCUCAAACAUCUGGGCCUCCAAAUGGCCUAAAGUUAAUCAUUUACGUAGACAAUCGAGAUUACAUAAAAGGCAUCACACAGGGAUACGGUGCCCGAGUGACGUUACACUACCCCGGAACCAUUCCUGACCCUGAAAAUCUUGGUUUCUAUGUGUCCUCGGCUUUCGAAACAGAUAUAGGAUUAAAGCUGAUCGAUAUUCAAAGAGAAGGCGAACCAUAUGGUGAAUGUACGAAUGGCGAGGAUUUUGAGCAGAAGUACCACAGAAAAUACACCCGACAGGCAUGUCUGACUACAUGUGAACAGGAGUCUAUUUUGUCGAGAUGUGGCUGUUAUCAGCAGAAAAUGCAGGAAAUCUUUCACAUUGCCGAGAGGACAUCCGUAAAAGCAUGUAACACUACUUCAGAGCUUCAAUGUCAGGCUGGCAUACUAAAUGAGAUAAAGGCGAAAUCAUUUGUUUGCUCCUGCCCGAAUCCUUGCAUGUGUCUAGAACAAAUGGUUAAUUAUUUCUAUACUGUAAAAGAGGCCACUUUUGGAACAUUCGCAGAUGCAAAUUUUCUGAAGUUAAUCGUCUAUUAUGAAGAUUUGAAUUAUGAAAAGAUUGAAGAAACGCCCGAAAUUGAGACAGCCCAGUUUGCCUCAGACGUCGGUGGUGCCAUUGGUUUAUGGAUAGGACUGUCCAUGCUCAGUAUGUUUGAGGUUGUACAAUUGCUUGUUGAGUUAUGUGGUUAUGGCGCAAGUAAAUGCAAAAAGGAUGAAGCGAAGAAAGAAAAAGCCAGACGGAAACGUCAGCAGAGGCGAAUUAGAGCUAGACAAAACGAAUAUGCAAAAAGGUAUAGCCUAGGGCCAGAUAGGACGGGACAUGUAAACGGUGUGUUUCCAGCUUAUAGAGGAAGGCAUUAUACAGAGGACACUCUGCCGGAUUACAGGGAUGAGUACACGACGCCGAACCAUUCGAUGAAUGGCUACCAGGAGAUGGAAGGCUAUAUAAUGUACAAGGGUCCUUCUUUCAGUGAACGAUACUAA